AUGGAAGGCCUCAAAAUACCAUUCUUGUUUUCCUCUUUACUUUCCAUUUUAAUAAUCUCCAACGCAAUAGACACCAUAACCAAAACUCAAUCCAUAACAGGCAACAAUACCGUUGUUUCAUCUGGUGGGAGCUUUGAGAUGGGUUUUUUCAGACUUGGCAAUUCCCAGAAUCAAUACUUGGGAAUAUGGUACAAGAAAAUAUCUGUCAAGACUAUUGUAUGGGUUGCCAACAGAGAAAUCCCACUCAUCAAUUUGUCAGGCGUCUUAAUGAUAAUCGACCUUGGAAUUCUUGCCUUCAUCAAUGGUACUGGCACUGUCAUUUGGUCUGUCAAUGUGACAGGAUCCACACAAAACCCUAUUGGGCAAUUUAUGGACACGGGAAAUCUAGUUGUGAAAGAUGCCAAUGAUAAGUCUGAGCAUUUUCUGUGGCAAAGUUUUGAUUAUCCAUGCGAUACUCAUUUACCAGGCAUGAAGCUUGGAAAGAACUUUGAAGUGGGCCUAGAGCGCCACCUCUCCUCCUGGAAGAGUAUUGAUGAUCUAGCUCGAGGUGAGUAUACAUACCUUCUUGAUCCUCAAGGCUACCCACAAUGUAUUCUGAAAAAUGGUUCUGUUGAGUUAUUCCGAACUGGACCAUGGAAUGGUCUCAGAUUCAGUGGGAGACCAAACCUUAAACCUAAUCCAUACUACACAUAUGGAUUGGUUUACUCUGAGGAGGAGGUGUAUUAUCAUUGUGAACUCAUCAACCCAGUUGUUUCAAGGUAUGGUGUGAGUUAUGAAGGCAUUGUUAAGCGCUUGUUAUGGGUUGAUCAAACCCAGAAAUGGGACACUUACCUGACUGCACCAACAGAUAACUGUGAUAAUUAUAGACUGUGUGGUCCGAAUGGUAGCUGUAACAUUGGAAACUCAUCGGCCUGUGGUUGUUUGAGUAAAUUUGUGCCCCGAAACGAAACGGAAUGGGGAAAUGGAGAUUAUUCUAAAGGUUGUGUUCGGAGGACACCGUUGGAUUGCCACAGUGGAGAAGGGUUUCUCAAGUAUUCACAAUAUAAAAUGCCAGAUACACUGAACUCCUGGUCAAGCUGGCCACAAUUGGAAGAAGACAAAGAGGAUUAUAGUCACCUCAGUAGUCUCAAUAGCAACACUUACGCUUGGCCUAGCUUUUCAUUGUACAUUUUGAAGAAGAAGGGGUGGCGAAAGAGAGAAGGACGAACAAAACUUCAACAUGGACAUGCUUACUACAAAGAAACCAAAAAUGAAGAUCUAGACUUGCCAUUAUUUCACUUGGCUACAAUCACUAAAGCUACAGAUAACUUUGCAAUUGACAAUAAGAUUAGAGAGGGUGGGUUUGGGCUUGUUUACAUGGGUAUGCUGGAAGGUGGACUAGAAAUAUUUGUUAAGUUGCUUUCGAGGAAUUCCCAGCAAGGAGUCGAUGAGUUCAAGAAUGAAGUUAUCUGCAUUGCCAAGCUUCAGCAUCGAAAUCUUGUAAAGCUUCUAGGAUACUGCAUCCAAGGAGAAGAAAGGUCGUUAAUAUAUGAAUACAUGCUCAACAAUACCUUGGACUCCUUUAUUUUUGAUCAAUCAAAGAAGUUGUUACUGGAUUGGCCUAAGUGCUUCCACAUCAUCAAUGGAAUUGCUCGAGGACUUCUUUAUCUUCAUCAAGAUUCCAGAUUCAGAAUUAUCCAUAGAGACCUGAAAGGUAGCAACAUUUUACUAAAUCAUGAGAUGAACCCAAAAAUAUCAGACUUUGGCUUGGCCAGAAUUUUUGGAGGAAAUGAGACCAUAGCAAAUACUAAAAGAGUAGUUAGAAAACUUGGGUACAUGUCUCCAGAAUAUGCAAUUGAGGCGCUCUUCUCAGUAAAGUCCGAUGUAUUUAGCUUUGGUGUCAUAGUAUUAGAAGUGGUGAGUGGGAAGUGA